CGCCGCCUCUGCCGGAGGAGCCGCGGGGCCGCCACACUCGCCCCCCGCCCCCCCGCGCUCACUUGCACUCACACCCGGGCGCAGGAGGCGGGCGGCCCGGGCCCCACCGGCCCCCCAUGGACGCCCCCGGCACGGGGCGCUGAGACCCCCGCGUAGCUGCUCUGUCCGGUCCAGCGCGCCACGCCGAGGGACCUCGGGACAGGACGAGACUCCGAAGCUAUCACCCCAUCCCCCAGCCGAGGACCCCCCACAGAUCCAGCUUGCACCCCUCCCAGCCCUCCCACCUGCCACUCUCUGGCCCCUCCCACCGCCCACCCCCCUUGGGGCACAGGGCAUGGUGUGAAAGGCCAAGCACUGAGGCGGGCACCAUGGGUGCUGUACCCUAGGGCCUGGGCGGUGGGGGGUGGGUGGCCUGUGGGCGUGCCGGGGGGGGCAGUGUGCCCACCCCACUCUUGGCGUGCUGGAGGGCAUCCUGGAUGGAAUUGAAGUGAAUGGAACAGAAGCCAAGCAAGCUGGAGUGUGGGUCAGACCCAGAGGAGAACAGUGCCAGGUCACCAGAUGGAAAGCGAAAAAGAAAGAACGGCCAAUGUUCCCUGAAAACCAGCAUGUCAGGGUAUAUCCCUAGUUACCUGGACAAAGACGAGCAGUGUGUCGUGUGUGGGGACAAGGCAACCGGUUAUCACUACCGCUGCAUCACUUGUGAGGGCUGCAAGGGCUUCUUUCGCCGCACAAUCCAGAAGAACCUCCAUCCCACCUACUCCUGCAAAUAUGACAGCUGCUGCGUCAUCGACAAGAUCACCCGCAAUCAGUGCCAGCUGUGCCGCUUCAAGAAGUGCAUUGCUGUGGGCAUGGCCAUGGACCUGGUUCUGGAUGACUCGAAGCGGGUGGCCAAGCGCAAGCUGAUCGAGCAGAACCGGGAGCGACGGCGGAAGGAGGAGAUGAUCCGGUCACUGCAGCAGCGGCCAGAGCCCACCCCCGAGGAGUGGGAUCUGAUCCACGUGGCAACGGAGGCCCAUCGCAGCACCAAUGCCCAGGGCAGCCACUGGAAGCAGAGGCGGAAAUUCCUGCCGGAUGACAUUGGCCAGUCCCCCAUUGUCUCCAUGCCGGACGGAGACAAGGUGGACCUAGAGGCCUUCAGCGAGUUUACCAAGAUCAUCACCCCGGCCAUCACCCGCGUGGUGGACUUUGCCAAAAAACUGCCCAUGUUCUCCGAGCUGCCUUGCGAAGACCAGAUCAUCCUCCUGAAGGGGUGCUGCAUGGAGAUCAUGUCCCUGCGGGCGGCUGUCCGCUAUGACCCCGAGAGCGACACCUUGACCCUGAGCGGGGAGAUGGCUGUCAAGCGGGAGCAGCUCAAGAAUGGUGGCCUGGGUGUCGUCUCCGAUGCCAUCUUUGAACUGGGCAAGUCACUCUCUGCCUUUAACCUGGAUGACACGGAAGUGGCUUUGCUGCAGGCUGUGCUGCUGAUGUCAACAGACCGUUCGGGCCUGCUGUGCGUGGACAAGAUCGAGAAGAGUCAGGAGGCGUACCUGCUGGCGUUCGAGCACUACGUCAACCACCGCAAACACAACAUUCCGCACUUCUGGCCCAAGCUGCUGAUGAAGGUGACUGACCUCCGCAUGAUCGGGGCCUGCCACGCCAGCCGCUUCCUCCACAUGAAAGUCGAGUGCCCCACCGAACUCUUCCCCCCACUCUUCCUCGAGGUCUUUGAGGAUCAGGAAGUCUAAAGCCUCAGGCGGCCAGAGGGUGUGCGGAGCUGGUGGGGAGGAGCCUGGAGAGAAGGAGCAGAGCCGGGGGCUGAGGGAGACCCCCCCCACACACCUCUUCUCUCCUUCCUCUCCUCCUUGGAUAAGAUUCAGCUCCCACACACACCCCCUCCCCGCCCAGGUCCCUCCUCAGAGCCUCCAGCCCUGGGACAGGGCAAGUGAAUGAACUUGCUAUAAAAAGGACAGUGUGGGAGGCCAGGGGGAGGGGACACGUGUCCUGCAGUUCCCAGGACCCCCUCUAAGAAGGGAGGGGAAGGGAGGGAGAACUAAGAGGGGCAAGCCAUCUUGACUGUAGGGCAAGGAGGAAUGUGGGAUGGGGAAAGAUGCCCCCAGCUCACCCCCCUACACACACACGAGAGAGAGCCUCCCACCCAGUUAGUUCCUUGGCUUAGGUCCCCCUCCAGGCUGAGGGCCUCUCUACUUCCCCAGAUGUCUGGGUGCAAAGAAAGGCUUGGCUUGGCUCCUCCUCUGGAGGUUAAAAAUUAUAGUCAUUCUAACUGCACUUUGGAAACCAAGCAAGGGGGAAAGAAGAUACAUGAAGAAAAUCUAGACAGAGAGAAAAAAGACAAAAACAGAGCAAGCAAUCAGAGAGAGAGAGAGAGAAAGAGAAAGAUAUUAAGUUAUUAACCGAGGCUGGCCUGAGGGGAGGACCCCCCUUACAACCCCCAUGCACUUUGAGAACUACCCCUCCUCCCCCUAAAUCAGAGAGAAAUGCACCCCAAUCCCCCCACCAGAUCCCGAAGAGUAGGGCUGCCCAUCAGAGCUGGGAGUUAACACAACAGGGUCCUGGCUACCCCUCCCCCCUUGCCUUGCCCCCUCCCUCUGUGCCCCUUUGGCACCCCCCACCCCCACCCCGGAACCCCCUCUGCUCUCUGCCACUCGUGCCCGCUGAGUUCCAUCUACCUCUCACGCUGGAUGCCAGUUGACCCCUCACCAGCCUGCCCUGCCGCCCGCACAGCUCCCCUUUCAAGUGCCCAGCCCCAGGGGCCUCUGCCCAUACCCCCACCCCUUCCGCACCUUGGCACCCACACAGGAAAGGCUGUGGCUCGAGCUCCCCGCCCUCCUCACAUCCUGCAGUGUUAGCUACAAUUCAGAUGCUGCUGCGUGGGGGGUGGGGGGUGUGCGAGUGUCUCCCAGAGCCCCCAGCCCCACCCCUUAAGACCCUGGUUCCCGUCUUGUCUUCUGGGCUCUAACACCUCUGACCCCCUUCCCCACUCCCACUCGAUGCACUAACCCAGACUGGGUGGGCGGACACCUCAGUGAGGGUGCUUAGUCGGGGGACCCCAGGGGAGGGGUGGUCGGUGCUCCUCCUUAUCUCUGACGCUCUUUAGGCCAGGCGCCCCUCUGCCCCGGGGACCCCUUUCCCCUCUUCUUUUCUCUAAUUCAGGGACUUUGGCUUGAGCCCCCGCCCCCCCCCGGGAGGAGCGCUCUGUUGGUCUGCACCUGAGUGAGCUGCCCCCCUCUCCUCCCUCUUGACUAUCACCUGCUCCUCAGGGGAGCGAGGGAGGGGGGAGGUGGCCCUCCCUUGAGGGGUGGGGAGGUGAGGAUGGGGAGGGGCAGAGCAGACCAGAGGGCCCUGGCUCAGGGCUGCAUGUCGGCAGGGAUGGAUGGGUGGACACAGAUGCCCCCGGAAGCCAUGGGGAAUGGGGCAGGGGGGGAGGGGUGCCAGGGCUUCCUGCGCUUUGCACUAUUGGGGCAAAAAUGUCUUAAGCAGUGGGGAACCUGCCACCCCACCCUGACCCUCAGCCUGUCACAGCCCCUCACCCCCCCACCAUGCACACAUACACGUGCACGCACCCGCACGCAAGGGAAGGCAAGGCUAGGCUGCCCAUCGGGGCACCCUGCUGCCCCCUUUGUCCAGGAGCUCCCACCGGGGCGGAGGGUCUGGAGGAGCAUCUGCCCUCCCCCUCCUGGGCCCGAGGGUUGCCCUUGCUGUCUCUGUCUAUCUCUAUCCUCUCUCUCUCUCCUGGGGUACUGAUUCUGUAUUACUCCAGUCCCAUGGGUCAGCCCUCUUGUACCUUCCUCCCACCCCUGGGGGCCCCGUGGAAUUCCUGACCUGUGUGCUGUCAUCCCCCCCGCCCCCCCCCCCCACUUCUUCAUCCCUAUGCUCACCACGGGCUUGGCCUCUCCCAGGCAUUUGGGAAUCCACCCCACCCCCUCCCCAGUCAUAUGAGCUGUGAUCCCCUACUCCGCCCUCUGAUGCCCCCUGCUCCCCCCACCCUCGGUGAUAUGGAGUCUACGUCUGCAAUUCGUGUGAAUGUGAGUGUGUGCACAUGGUGGCGGAGGAGCCAGGGAGACUCAGGAGCGCCUCGCACCUGCUCUAGAGAGGCGGCUGUCCCAGUCCCUGCUGUGCAAGUGGGGGACAGGGCCCUCUCCUGGGGGCCAUUGGUGCUAAUGAGGGGGAUGGCCUUGACAUGGGUGCUUAGCAGGCCUCCCCCGGUAUUGGCCCGGGGCACUAGGGCAGGAAGCGUGGGGCAGCAGGUGCAGUACUGGUGGGAGGAGGGGUCGCUGGGAAUAGGAUGAGGGGGCAGGCCAGGACAAGGGGGUGCCAGAGCCAUGACCACUACCCCGCCCCCGCCACCACCUCUCCAUCUCAGUAUUCCCCCCUCCCAUCACUCAUAACACACAUACCUCAUCCAGCCUCCUCCCUGCUCAGACUUGGGGAGGGUGAUGGGGGAGAGCCCCUUACCCCUUCCCCUGGUGGCGGGCCUACAGGGCUGGGAGAGGGCAGGGCGUGUUAUUUAGACACCGUCCAUAAGGGGGACAGGAAUUCCUGCCCUGGAAGCUCCUGGGUGGGGGGAGGGGGACACUGCCCAGAGGCGCUACUGAAUGUAUGAGAAGCUGGUGCUGGGGUGGGGGGAGGGGGGUUGUGGCCAGAAAAAGGGAGGGAGGUAGGUCCCUUCCCCGGGGAGGGGUGGGGCCUGCAGGGGUGACUUGGGGGCCUCCUACUCCUGCCCCAUGUUGACAAUCAGUAUGUCUGUCAUGUGCGAUUUUUCACCCCGUUGUGUUUUGGGUCAGGAUUUUAAAGAAAGAUAUUUUUAUGGUAAUUGUUGCUCGUCUAUUUUACUAUAUAUUUAUGUAAUAAAUAUAUGAUGAAAAUAA